GCAAUGGCCCUUGCGAGGGGGAGCGGAGCAGAACUGAGCAGAGCCGAGUGGCAGCGUGCUCCCUGCUCCGUAGAGGAGGCAGAGAGAGAGGGAGCCAUGGCUGCAGAGGACCCCGUGGAAAAUCUCCAGGAGGAAGCUACAUGUCCCGUCUGUCUGGAGUAUUUCACAGAACCUGUCACUCUGGAGUGUGGGCACAAUUUCUGCCGAGCCUGCAUCAGCCAGUUCUGGGAGGGAUCCGAUACAGCCGCCUCCUGCCCUCAGUGCAGAGAAACUGUGCAACAGAGAAACCUCAGACCCAACAGGCAGCUGGCAAAUGUCCUAGAAAUCGCCAAGCGGCUGAGUUUACAGGCAGCAAAGGGAGCAGGAGGGGAGGGGGUGUGUGGGGAACACCAGGAGGCUCUGAAACUGUUCUGUGAAGAGGAUCAAACCCCCAUCUGUGUGGUGUGCGACAGAUCCCGGGCUCAUCGCACUCACACGGUGGUUCCCAUACAGGAGGCUGCCCAGGAGUACAAGGAAAAACUACAUGCCCAUUUGAAGACUCUGAGGGAAGAGAGUGAAAAGCUGCUGGGAUUUAAAGUGGCUGGUGAGAAGAGAAGCCAGGAGUAUCUGAAACAGACAGAAACCAAGAGGCAGAAGAUUGUGUCUGAAUUUCAGCAACUGCGGCAGUUCCUGGAGGAACAAGAGCGACUCCUGCUGGCCCAGCUGGAGAAGCUGGACAAGGAGAUUGUGAAGAUACAGAAUGAAAAUAUCACCAAACUCUCAGAGGAGAUUUCCCGUCUCAGUGAGUUGAUCAGUGAGCUGGAGGAGAAGUGUCAGAAGCCAGACAGUGAAUUCCUGCAGGAUGUCAGAAGCACCUUGAGUAGGUGUGAGAAGGGGAAGUUCCAGCAGCCAGAGGAGAUUUCUCCUGAACUGGAAGAGCGAGUCAGUAGUUUCUCCCAGAAAACUAUUGUGCUAUCGGAGACUCUGAGGAAGUUUAAAGGCACUCUGCCAUCUGCACUGGUGACAAAAAGAGGGAAACCUCUAGGAGCACACAGACAGGCAAAUAUGACUCUGGAUCCAGACACAGCUCAUCCCAACCUCGUCCUGUCUGAGGAUCGGAAAAGUGUGAGAUGGGGAGACACAAGGCAGGAUCUGCCUGAGAACCAUGAGAGAUUUGACACUGUGUUCUGUGUGCUGGGCUGUGAGGGAUUCACCUCAGGGAGACAUUGCUGGGAGGUGGAGGUGAGGGAUGGGGGAUCCUGGGCUGUGGGGGUGGCCAGAGAGUCUGUGAGGAGGAAGGGAAGGAUCAGCCUUCGCCCUGAGGGGGGGAUCUGGGCUAUGGAGCGGUGGGAGGGUCAGUUCUUGGCUCUCACCUCCCCUGUGACCCCCCUGCCCCUGAGCCGGGCCCCCAGCAGGAUCCGGGUUUGUCUGGACUGUGACCGGGGGCAGGUGACAUUUAUCGAUGCUGGUGACGAGGCCCCGAUCUUCACUUUCCCGCUGGGCUCCGUCCCUGGGGAAAGAAUCAAACCCUGGCUCCGGGUGUGGAGAUCCCAGCUCAGACUGUGUCCCUGAGACGCACAGCAGAGGGGAGAACCAGAAAUCAGCCUCUAUAGCCUCACACACUCCCGUCUCUAUGACCGAGAAGGACUCCCAUCUACCCAGCUCCUGGCUCUUCAUCUCUAUGGCCCCUGGAAGUUUCUCCUCCUCUUUCUCUGCAGCCCCAGAUGAGAGGGGAAGGGGAGGAGGAAGAACCCCUGGGGCUGCAGCAUGAACAGAGGGGCCCUGAGGGGCAGAGGUGGGGGUGGCAGGGACACAGCAUGAAUCAAUCAGAGUUUGGCGGGUUGGGGAGAAGCAGCAGCAGGGAGGUUUUGUACAGAUCUGUGUCCUUAGAUCUCAUUGGGGUCUCCCAGCCCAGGGAUCAGCAAGAGGGGAAGGGAUAAAAUCAGGGAAAGAAGAGAGCAGCCAAGGGGGAUGAUCUGUGACAGGGAGGAGAGACACAGGAAAAUAAACAGGGAUGGGAAGUGAGGGCUAGAACAAUAAUGAAUAGAAAAGGACAGUAUGAAAGGAAAGGGAACGUAAGCAGGAUGGAGAGCUUUAUUACAUGUUACUGAAAGUGAGACUGUAACUCAUUAAUUCCCUAUAUUAAUUCCUGGACAUUGGUGCUAUUUUAGUGCCAUAAAGAAAACUGUUCUCAGUAGCUGGGGAUCUCCUUGUCAUGCUGUGGUAAUUAAAGCUCCUUCUUAGCUCCUUUUACUUUGCUAUUUUCCAGGUACUUACUGUAAAUAAACCAUU